GAGAUACUGAGAGAAAUGUCUGUAAACGGAGUGGCCUGGGGAAGAGGGAGGGGGGACGUGAAGGCGAAGUUAGUGUGGGGAAGCAGCUAUGUGUGAAGUUGGGAAGGGACACGGACCUGGUCAGCAGCUAUGUCGUUGCUGCUAAGGUUGUGGCUCACUUGCUGGUUUUCUUCUCGGUGUAGGUGCGGCUGGUGCUCUGCUGAGAAGGUGCUCGCUAUGCUUGAUGUAAUGCUGUAUGUGAAGUUAACAGAAACGCACACUUUAUUUUCAUGGCAUCACGAUUUCAUACUGGGUUUUUGAAAUGCGAAAUGGUCUAGCAGUACAAAGGUUAUGGAUUAAGUCAGAAAACCAGAAGAUGCAGGAUAAUGAAUGUAAUAGGAUAAUACAUAUUAUGGAAUAGGCUGGAAGGUAACAGAUAAACACCAAAAAGUACUCCAAGUUGUUUCAUUUUAUUGAAUUCUGUAAACUAUUUUAAAGCAGGGUGAGGAAGACUUGAAUACAGGAGAAGAGACUUUUAAGGAACGAUUGGGUGGAGAAGACUGAGACUGCUUUCUGCAAUGGAGGGAUGUGUUAUUUGAGACACAAAGAACAUGCACAACAAACCUUUCUAAAACUGAGAAGAAAAAAGUCAAGAAAUGUCUACCAAUUUAAAAUACCUUUCCUUGGGCAUCCUGGUUUUUCAGACCACAAGUUUAGUCUUGACUAUGCGUUAUUCUCGGACACUGAAAGAAGAAGGACCUCGUUACUUAUCCUCUACUGCAGUAGUUAUUGCUGAACUUCUGAAGAUUUUGGCCUGUGUUCUGUUGGUCUACAAAGACAGCAAGUGCAAUUUACGGACUCUGAACAGAGUGCUACAUGAUGAAAUCCUUAAUAAACCCAUGGAAACUCUUAAACUUGCUAUUCCUUCAGGAAUUUAUACUCUUCAGAAUAACUUGCUGUAUGUAGCAUUGUCAAACCUAGAUGCAGCCACAUACCAGGUUACAUAUCAACUGAAAAUUCUUACCACAGCAUUGUUUUCUGUGUCCAUGUUGAGCAAGAAAUUGGGUGUAUACCAGUGGCUUUCAUUAGUAAUAUUGAUGACAGGAGUGGCAUUUGUGCAGUGGCCUUCAGACUCUCAAGCAACAGCUGCUAAGGAACAUUCAGCAGGAUCUCAGUUUGUAGGCCUGAUCGCAGUUCUUAUAGCAUGCUUUUCUAGUGGAUUUGCUGGGGUUUAUUUUGAGAAAAUUUUAAAGGAAACUAAGCAGUCUGUGUGGAUCAGAAAUAUUCAGCUUGGAUUUUUUGGUAGCAUAUUUGGACUGAUGGGUGUAUACAUUUAUGAUGGAGAACAGCUGUCAAAGAAUGGAUUUUUUCAAGGAUACAAUAAACUUACUUGGAUAGUUGUUGUUCUACAGGCACUUGGAGGGCUGGUGAUUGCUGCUGUUAUAAAAUAUGCGGACAACAUUUUAAAGGGAUUUGCAACUUCGCUCUCUAUUAUACUGUCAACAUUGAUCUCCUAUUUCUGGCUGCAAGAUUUUGUCCCUACAAGUGUCUUUUUCUUCGGAGCCGUCCUUGUAAUAGCAGCUACUUUCCUAUACGGUUAUGAUCCCAAACCUGCAGGAAAUCCCAUUAAGGCAUAGCAGACUUCCUCAUCAACCUGCUUCUCAAGAUCAUGCACUGGGGGCCUUGCUAACAAUGGCAUGUGGAAAGUGUCAUUGUGCACUGCAGGCAAAGGAUUACUACCCUGAAUCUACUGAAAAAAUGUUUAUGACUAGUUUUGAACAGCCAGAGGGGUGAAUGAUGAUACUGUCUGUAACUAGUGAGAAAAAAAAUGGCAGGGGAAUGCCCAGUGCAACUUGCUAAUAAAAACUUGAAAGGAACAAAAAGUUCCCAAGAAACUGCAAUUAGGAAUGUUUACAGCUUUGACUGGGAUUGCAUUAAAAGAAUUUACUGUAUUGACUGCUGCAGAAAUAUGUCCUAUGCACUCUUUGAAAGAGCACAUGACAACAUUGUCAGAUUGUAUGUUUUUGCAAUUUGACUAUAUUUAAUCUUAGUAAAUAUGUUUUUAACUGUUUCUCUAUUUACAUGAAAUCAGCUGAAUAUACAUCAUAGUUCUAAGGUGAUGGUUCUAAUUAGGUAUUCCUUAUUAAAACUGUGAAGAUUGAAGUAUGAUUGAAAGACUUUCACAAUAGCAAAUAUUUUUAUAUUUUUAGAAGGCCAAUUUAAUAACAGAAAUCUGUUAUUAAAUUAUAAUAUUAUAAUUCUGUUGCUUAUAUAAAACUAUUGUAAGAAUGUUAACAUUCUCACUUAAGUACACGAAGGGAGAAAUUCAGAGUGAAAUCUGGAAAUCUGUGUUGAUACUCCAGCCUUCAUCAGGACAGCCUGUAGUGUUCCAACAGGUGCACUAACUCUGUGAACACAGCCAGAGGUUACUGCACUAACCUGGCACUAAGAUUAGGGUUAUGAUGGAGUGCUUGCUCAGAUGUGGUGUCAUUCUUUUUAUUUUUAUUGAUUAUAAAUUGACUUUUUGGUAGAACCUUUAAAGUAGUUUUUAUGCUUUAAAUAUCAUCUGGGGAUUUUUUUAACCAGCAUUUAAAAAAAAAAAAAGCCCAUAAUAAACAUUUUAAAUGCAUUAUUGUUGUCUGUAACAGCUCCAUCUGGCGCUAUUGUGGUAUAUCAUCUAUAUACUGUAUUGUACUUUAUUAUAGAGGUGUUUUUUAAACAAGUGUUGUUUACUCAUGAACUCUGCAAGGCUUUUUCAGUACAUUUCUAUGUAAUGGCUUAAUUAGAGGUUUGGGGUUUUUUUAUUAUUAUUAUUACUAUUAUUUUGCUCUGGGAGUCCUUGAGCCAACAGACCAAAAUGGGUUCUCUGGAGCUAUUCAGUCUAGUAGUAGAAUGACUUUAAUAGGAAGCAUAAUGAAAAUGUAAUUAAUUGUGCAAUAGGUAAAUGUAAAAGCAUGCUGUUCUUCUGUUUUAAACCAAAAAAAAAAAAAUUCACAAAGAAACUAGAUGCAAUUAGAACUUAGAUCAGUUAGACUGUUACAAACACUUCACUUGUUGAAGUAUUUGCAUAUAGCCAGAAACACCAAAAAAAAUACCAGAACUAAUAAACAAAAAAAGCUGUCUUAAAAAUCAUUUGUUUUCAGGAGACAUAUUCACAAUGGAUAUUAAUGUAGAGUGACUUCUUAUCCACAUUACACUUGUAUAUGUUUAUACAAAAACGUAUUAAUAGUCCCUUACCUGUAGAAUGGCAAGUGGUAAAAAUGUAUAAUUUCCCCCCCCCCAUGCUCUUUCUCACUUCUGUUUUGUAUUAACGAACACGUUGUGAAGAGAGAGAUGUUUUAAAACGUUUACCAAAGUACCUCAUUCUCUUUUCCACGUUUUAGUGGUGGAUUAACAAGGAGAUUCUGUAAGAGUGCUCUGAGAUUUUUUAAUGAAGUAUUGUAAAUGGGAAAGGAAAAAUUCCGCUUACAUCAGCCAAGCAAAAAUAGUGUUUUCCUUCUGUUGGCAAUGACAUGGAUUAUCAACUUUUUUUUGUUUAUCGUAUCAGAGCAAGACAUUAAAGAAAUUUCAGAGUUAUGCCAAGGGCUUGCUAAGCUUUGUGAACUGUGAAUCUAUCCCAGUGUGCAGUAACUGCAGGAUCUCUGCUACUUGGUAGUCAAACCUAUCUCGUAUUACCCUAAAUUGGCAUUCUGUGUUAAUAUUAAACCUUUUAUCUAUAACACUCAGUGUGGCAAAAUCUUUGAAAAAUUACAUUUAGUUGUUUCACCACUGAAAUACAACAUGAGGUAGGAUGUAUGCGUAGAGCAGUGGCUCGCAGCAUUACUUAAGUGUAGAAUGGGAAGUGCAUGACUGAAAUGAUCUGAGAAGCGUUGGUAGUAAUAUCUGAAUUGGAGUUUGGCCCACACAAUAGUACUUUUAAUUUCAUGAAUCACAGUAGUGGAAAUGUUCAGGUGAUAUAAUUGGUUCCUUCCUUGGGGAAUUUCUGCAAAAAACAGAAGCAGCAGGUUGAGAACACUUUAAAGCCAGUUGCAUGGGAAGGGACCAAACAGGCCAGAUAAUCACCACAUUGCUGGAGUUCUGUUACAUAUAACCCAGUUUUAAUGUUCCAGGUGCACCUGUCAAUAUUUGUUUAAAGGAAAGAACAGGAACAUGUGCUCUUUGCUUUUGAAAUGGAUGUCAUACAGCUUUAGAAAACAGUACAUCUACUGUACUAAGGAACAGUAACUCCUGUCUGUAGAUCAGUGACUCUUCUAUGCUUUCAAUUGACAGGUCCAUGAAAAUUUCCAAUAGAGGGUUAGAUCUCUUCAUAUACUUGUUGCUGUAAAGGAAAUAUGAAUUUGCAUUUCCUUGCCUUUACAGGCUAAGGAAAGACUCUUGUCUGAGGCCUUCCGGGUUGAAAUGCAUUAUUCCAGACAGAGGGAAGACAGCAUGUUUCUUGAGAACAGAAAGGAUUUGAGGAGGGUUUACUGAUUUCUGUAACCUUUGCAAUUUAAGAGCAUAUGCACAUUUUCUUAUUGAGAUACUUUUGUAUCUGGAUUUUAAAACAAAAAAAACCCCAAACAAACAAAGACAGUUUUAAGUCUAUAACUUGUUAACUAACCAAAGAAACAUAGCUAGUACAGAGCAUUGGGAAGUAGAGAAUAGUGUGCUUUGAGUUUGGCCUAAAAGCAAUCUGUAGGAGUCUAACUUUCCAAAAAUAAACCUGUCUUUCUGAACUAUUUUUCUGACUUUUAGACAAUGGAUUUAUUAGUUUAGUUGUAUAUUUAGGAGGCUAACCUAUACUUAGGAGAAUUUUAUUUAAAUAUUUAUAAAGUUAUAGCUAGGUAUUUAUUUGCAAUAACUUGAAUUAUGUGAUUUUUUUUUUAAGACUUGCAUAAUAGGAGUACUAGUAUUUAUUGAACACUUGGGUAUUUGGUAGUUUUAUUUGAGAAUCUCUGGGAUACAUGAUAAAUGGUCAAAUAACAAUAAACUUGGAACUAUUUUCAAAGCAAAAUAAAUCAGUUCAGUGGUGAAAAAUCUUGAGUCUAAUAAAGCAAGAUAAACUUUUCCUUAAACAUUGUAUUUCUGUGCCAUCCAUAAGUGCCCAAUAAUCUUUUUUCUCAAAGAAUUCUGAUAAUUUUAUAGUUCUAUUCAACUUCUUUGUUUUAGACAAACUAUAAGAAAACUUCCCUUUUUGUUUGCUUUAGUAAUGAGUAGAUUAACGUACUAGAUCCGGCUUAUGCAAGAUAACACCUUGGAUUUUUUACUGCAACUUCUUAGAAACUAUUGUUUUAUUUUUCCUCAAAAAAGCAAUCAUUUUGGUAGCAUAUAUUUGUGUUUCAGUUACUCAUACAGUCCUCUCUCAGAUUUUUAGAAGUAUGUAAUUGUUUUGUGUUCCUAACUUAUUUUUAUGGCUGUAAUUCAAAAGACUGUAAUGGAUUUUGUUAAAUUGUUUUAAAAUUGAUAAAUGAAAUAGUGCAUUUCUUCUGGUUUUCGUUGUCAGUAACUUUGAUAUUUUAAUAUAUUUCCUUAUUGGCUAUGCAUGUUCUGUUGUAUUUAAGCAAUCAUCAUUUCCCAAAUUUGAAGUUGUUGCUCAUUUUCCUCCUGGUGACUGUUUCUUGCUGGAUAUUGUGAAUGAGGAAGAUUAUUCAUUGUUUUCUUCUCUGAAAUCCAUUAUUUAUAAGAAUGAGAUAUUAAAAAACAUUAAGGGGUUUUUUGUGUAUUAGAAAGGUAAUGUUUAUCUAUGACAUGGUAUUAUACUAUGUAUGUGGUAGUGUAUAUCUACUAAGGAACAUCUAUGGUGUUCAGUUAUUAUAAGAAAGUCCAAGUGUUUUCUUGCCUUUGUUUUCAUUGUUCUUUUCAUUUUUAAUGCUGAUUAUUUUCCACAGGAAGUUACUAAAGAGUUCUGCUCUUUCCAGGUAAGCUCAUGAUAUGUUUUUAUAUAUCUAGAAUUAAGAUAUUUUUACUGGAAAAAAUGUAGGGGAAAGUGCAACAAAAUAAGUGGGAUUAAUUAGAUUAUAUCUUCUGCUCCGGUUAUUGUGAAUCCAAAUUUCUGUUCAGUUGAAUUUCCAACUUUUUCUAAUUAUUUCCCGCUAGCUGAAUUUAUAACUCUUUAAAGAAGCAAAAAAAAAAAAAACUGUCGAGGUGCCGUUCAAUGCUCAUUGUUGAAUGUCUGCAGCAUAUUUUCAUUCAAGAGUAGACAAGACAUUUUUAACUCUUGCCUUCAACCUUCCGUCAUUGUUCUGACUGUAAUUAGCCAUAUUAAUUUCAUUAGCAAUUUAUAGCUCAGUAAGAAUUGCUUAUAUGCUAAGCAUAUGUUUAUAUUUGCUGCCAUGAGUAACACUUUUUUAGAUUUUUAAAAGUUUGUCUUUAUUGUCAAUGUAUUUUAAAUUUCAUUUUAAAUAUAUGACCCCAAAUAGAAAUCAUAUAUUCAAAGAUUGUAGAAAAAUUUUUAAGGUAGUCUUAGGAUUUUUUUAUAUGUUGAUAAUUGUGUGUGAUUACACUGAAUACAGCUCUAAUAUAUGGUGUUUCCAGGCAGUUUGGAAACAGGUUAUUUUUUUUGUUAUAACACUACUGAACGAUGGAAUGCAUCUUACAUGACCUAAUACAGUCUUUUCUUAAUCCAUAUUGAGGUAAAAUACUGUAUUUUUUUUCUCCUGUAUGUGUAGGUAAUGUCACUGUAGUAAUAAACUGGCUAAAAUUAA